UAUGUUAGGCAAUCCCCCGCUAGGUUGAAAAAGUUUAAGGACUAUGCUGAGAGGGAGAAAAUUGAAUGUAAAAGAGCUCUUUGUUUAGAUGUGCCAACUAGGUGGAAUAGCACUUAUAUGAUGCUAGAUGUUGCAGAAAAAUUUAAGAGGGCUUUUGAGAGGUAUGAGAGGCAAGAUCCUCAGUUUGAAAAGGAAUUGAAAGCUGGAUCAUUUAAUGUACCAACUGAAAAUGAUUGGAAAGUUGUGAGAAAAAUGGUCAAGUUUUUAAAAUUCUUCUAUGAAAUGACAGUUAGGGUUUCAGGGUGUUCAUAUGUUACCGCUAAUACAUUUCUACCUUAAAUAAGUGCAAUUGAUAAUAUCUUGAAAGAGUGGAAAUGUUGUGAUGAUAUUGAACUCAGUUUGAUGGCAGAAAGAAUGAUAACAAAAUUUGAAAAGUAUUGGGGACAGCCUGAACAGAUGAACAAACUGAUUUUCAUAGCAGUAAUUCUUGAUCCAACAAAGAAGUUAGGGUUCCUUACAUUUGUGUUAAGAGAAAUGCAUGGGGAAAAGGAUGGAAAAAAAGUUGGAAGACAUGAUCAAAGAUGCAACUUACAAACUGUUUAAUCAGUACAAAAGUUGGCAUCAGCCAUCUCAUGUUCUAAAAUCUGGUUCUGAAAAUUUGGGUUCAAUUUCUUACGCUGCAACUGUUGAAACUAGUGAUUUGGGUAGUCAAGGCGUUGCAUCUGUAAUGAGCAGAUUUAAAAUAUUCAAAAGCCAAUCUGGUUCUAUAAUUGAAAAAACAGAAUUAGACACAUAUUUGGGGGAAGAUAUAGAAGAUGAACAAUCUUUUAAUAUUCUUCAUUGGUGGAAGGUUAAUCAACCUAGAUUUCCUAUAUUGGCUGAAAUGGCACGAGAUGUUCUAGUUGUCCCAAUUUCUUCAGUUGCCUCUGAAUCUACCUUUAGCACUGGUGGAAGGGUGCUAGAUGACUUCCGAAGUAGCUUAACACCAAAAAUGGUGGAAGCACUCGUCUGUGCCCAAGAUUGGAUUGGAGUUGACAAAAAAUCAGUUCUUGUUGAGGAAGAUUGCAAUAUUCUUGAGAACAUAGAAAGAGAUGUGGUUGCUAAGGACUUGGAAUUAAAUAUUGGUGAUAAGUAACAUGGAUGCAAGUUGCCAGAUUUUUGUUUUUUAAUCUAUAUAUUAUAUCUAAUGGUUUUUUUUUGGAGGUUAUGAUUUUGUUGC